AUGGACCCUCACGCCGUGAAUGCGAUGGGCAUACAGGUUGGAAUUUCAAUGCCUAUGUCGAGUUCAAUAGCCGGCGUGAAUGGUAGUAAUCCACAGGCGAUAGCCAUGGGUAUCAAUGGAGGCAUAGCCAUGAACGGCUACGUCGUCCCUCAGCAACAGCAGCAGCAACAACAGCAAGAGCAGCAACAACAACAGCAACAGAUGAUGAUGAAUAUGGGACAGAUGAACCAGAUGAAUAUGGGAUCCAUUGCCAUGAAAAUGAACUCUAACGUCAUGAAUUCAGCCGCACCACCAGCAGCAACUAUAGGGUCAGGAAUGCAAAGCAACGGUGCAGACUGGCGUAUCCAGCUCACUCGUGAGCACCGAGCGAACCUCAUUGCCAAGAUCUAUAACGAGAUGGUGCGCGUGUCCGCUGAUCCCGUGCCCGGGAUUAAGCUCUGGAUGAACGUGUCAUGGUACGAGCUGACGCUAUACAAGGAAUCACGCACGCAGGAGGAGUACAUCAACAAGAUCUUCACCCGCCUCAAGUCGCUGCGUGGGCAGCAGACGGACAUGAACGCGGUCAUGGCGGCGCAAACAUUGCCCAACCAGGGCAUGCUGUCGAGACUGGACUUUUCUUACUACAACACACUCAGCAUGAACCACCGCGCAAGCGUUUCUGGUGCUAACGGUAGCCAAGUGGAAGGCUUCCCAGAACACGCACAAUAUGGUGGGCCAGCUGCUCAUCCUGGAGCUCAGCAAGCGCAGCCAGCCAAAGCGUUGGCAGCGGGUGCGGGAAGCGUGCCUGCAAAUUCAGCUGCACACUAUGGAGCGAGUACCACGCCGCGGGCGGAAAAGCCUGAGGGAGCUAUUCCCGGUGAUACACCGGCUGAGUAUUGGCGGCAGCACGCAGCGCUUAAAUUGAAGUAUUACGAUGAUGUGGAGAAGGUACACAGCGCUUUCAAAAAGUAUGUGGAUCACAUGAAGGGCCAUGACGAAACUGAGCAGAAGAAAAAACUACGGUAUCUUCUCAGCUACGUGCAACUGUGUGCAAGUAUUUUAAACGAGGACAAGUCAACGCAUGCGCCGCGCAAAAUAGAGGAGCUAGACAAGGUGUACAAGUACAUUGUGAAGAUUGUGAACCCGUAUUUGAAGAAGCUGCGUACAGAGACAGACAAACGCAGCUUCACGCCCAACGCCGGCCGCAUCCCAGCUGGAAUGAACCACUCUGUGGCGACGAAUCCAGCAUCUAGCCCCCCUGCAAGUGCAGUUGGUGCUGCUGCAACAUCAGCCAAUACGUCGAGCGGACCAAAUGGCGCAAUGCACAUGCACCGACAGCAAUUAGGUCAGCCUCAGCUGCAGCCGAACUUGUCGUUGCAGCAAAAGCAACAGCAAUAUCUCAUGCAGCAGCGCGCUCAGCAGAUGCAGCAGCAACAACAAAGGAUGCAAGUGCAAGCGCGCCAGCAGCAGGUGAUGCAGCAACAGCACGUAAUGCAGCAGCAAAAGGGUGCGACCCAGCAAAACCAAGCUCAAGUGUCCGCUCAGCAGGCCAAUCAAGCAAAUAUGCAGAAGCAACAGCAGAAUGGUCAGCCCCAGCAGAAUUUGCAACAGAAUCAACCGCAACAGUGUCUAGCUCAACAUGUCCAGCAUGCUCAGCAAGCUUCGAAUGACCAAGAACGACCUGCACAGUCCCAGCAGCUCACUUCGCAUCAGCCUCAGCAACCUCGCCAGCCGCCGCAGGCCCCGCAACAGAUGAUGCAACAACAGCAGCAGACUCAUUCUCAGCAUAAGAGCCAGCCCCAGGUCCCGUCAUCAGCAUCAACAUCGCGGGCCGAGGCUUCCUCUCUGAGUUUGGACGACCCACUAUACGGAGGAAUGGAUAGCAGCAGUUUGCUAUUGAUGCCGUCAAAUCUUGGACAUUCGGGUUCCUCGUCGAGCUUUAUGAACUUUCCAAAUGACAUGUCGCCAACAAAUUUUUCGAGCAUGGAUCUGCUUGAUAUGGACGGCUUCAUGGGACAUGAUGGGAGCAAUGCUGGUUCUGGUAAUUCUGGGCAUAACCACAGCCAUAGUAGUGGUGGGAACAACAAAAGUUCUGGCGACGGAGGUGACUCGGACCUCAUGUUUAUGGAAGCACUUUGA